GACCGUACGGCCGCCGCACGGAACGCAAGCCGAUCGACUAUGCGAGUGGCCUUUUAAAUCCCCGUGAACUUGUGUCGUGAAAUUGAUUCGGAAUAAUAAAAAUCGGGAAAUAAUAAAGUCAGUUUUUACAACAGACAGAUACUGAGAAGCAUCAUGGAGUCCUGUGGAAUGAAUGUCAUCAAGUAUAUUCUCUUCAUCUUCAACUUAAUCUUUGCGAUAUCUGGCAUAGGUAUUAUUGCGGCUGGUGCGUUAGUAUUAGCAGAUGUCGGCGAAUUCAAUCAUUUCGUGGAAGGCAGGAUAAUGGCACCGCCUAUAGUGCUUAUAGUUGCGGGAUCUAUCGUUUUCAUCAUAGCUUUCUUAGGGUGUUACGGGGCAAUUAAGGAGCAUUACAGCAUAUUGAUCGCGUUUGCGGCCGCGCUGUUAAUAAUCUUCGUGAUCGAGCUCGCGGUGGGCAUAGCGGCAGCGGCGUUUAAAAAUGAUUUCAGCUCGGUAAUGAAGGAAAGCCUGAAAGAAUCGAUGAAGAAUUAUACGGAUGUCGAUAGACAAGCAUGGGAUAAAGUGCAGAAGAAGUUGCAAUGUUGCGGCAUAGAUGGUCCCAUAGAUUGGAAUAAUUCAGCAAAGAAAUUUCCUGAAUCUUGUUGCAAUGAAAAUAUGCAAAUGAUAUGUAGCUAUAAUACAGCAUACAAGGAAGGAUGCUUUAGCAAAUUGGAAAUGCGAGUCGAGAAUAACGCUACGAUCUUGAUUGGUGUGGGCAUUGGAAUAGCAUUUGUGGAGAUUGCUGGUAUCAUUCUUGCUUGUUGUCUCGCCGCAGCUAUAAAAAAGGAAAACAGUAAAUGAAAUGAAAUGUAUUAAUUUCAUUUCAUGUUGCGCA